GCCUGCCACACGGUCGUAGGACUGACGGAGGCUACUGAUACACAGCACCAAACAGCCUCGUGGGAAAUACAACAGGCAGGUACUUACUACCAGCUAAGCGGUUACCAGAAAAAUCAAAAAUCCAGAGAGCAGGUCAGCCAGCAACUUGUAGGCUCUCACCUCACCUCUAUCUCGGGGCUCUCUCCAGUCAGUUCUGAUUCCCUCAGCUUCUUCCUACUGCUUUCUCAGUAGCGGUCGCUGCCACGACGCUUUCAUCCACCAUACCCAUAUUCCCAUUUAUCUAUCACUUGACCAUCACCAUUCCUUAAACAUCCUCGAAAGUCAACAAACAAAGCUUCAUCAAGAUUCCUCUCUUACCUCGUGGUCGAAGAAUGUCGUUCUUCUCCAGGAAGAAACACCAACAGCAGCAGCAAAGCACAGGCGGCUCCUCACAAGGUGGUGCGGGUUCAGGCUCAGGUAGCAGCGGGCUGGGACCCAACGUUACAGUCAAUCAGAGUGCUAGUGCUGCGUUGGCGAAGAUGAGUACGAAUGGUGGAGGUCAAGGUCACGGUUUAGGUGCUACUGGACAAACGCCACCUAAUAGUGCUGGUCUGCAACAAAUACCACAGCAACAAGUCUCCAGUUCGCCUCCUCACCCGAAUUCUACAAAUCCUCACCCUUCCUCACAGCAAUCUGGCCCUUCUCAAACCCAGCCCACUCCCUCAUAUCCAUGGUCAACCCGUCGCCUCAAUCUCCUCGCCCCAACUCUCCUACCCACAAAACCACCUACAACAAAUCCUCCUUCUCAACCAUCGCCGUCACCAUUUCCUCGUUACGGACACGCACUACCUGCAACAGCCAAUGGUUCCGGUGACCUAUAUUUGUUCGGAGGUUUGGUACGAGAACAGCCCAAGAAUGAUCUCUACACGAUCAAUGUCAGAGACUUGGGCGUUACACUGGUGCAGAGCGCAGGCGAUAUCCCAAGUCCGAGAGUCGGCCAUGCAUGUAGUGUUGUCAGUAAUGUUCUGAUUGUUUGGGGUGGAGAUACGAAUGCGCAAGGUGCCGGUGCAGCGAAUGGACAAGGAGCUGGAGGAAGGCUGGAUGACGGUCUUUAUCUAUUGAAUUUGGUUUCCAAAGAGUGGACGAGAGUAUCGACUGGUUCUCAGGGCUCUACACCGGUUGGGAGAUAUGGCCAUGCGGUCACUAUGGCGUCUGGUUCCAAGUUCAUGAUCUUCGGUGGCCAAGUGGACGGAGAAUUCCUCAAUGAUAUAUGGAGUUUUGAUUUGAACAGUCUUCGAUCGAAGCCGACGUGGGAGUAUAUUGAACCCAGUUCUCCGGAAAGGCCGGCGAAGAGAACAGGACAUGUCUGUGUUACCCAUGGUGAUCGAAUCAUUGUGUUCGGAGGCACCGACGGCCAAUACCAUUACAAAGACACAUGGUCUUUCGAUUUGAAUACAAGGAGAUGGACGGAACUCAAAUGCAUAGGUUAUAUCCCUGAAGCUCGGGAGGGUCAUGCUGCAUCAUUAGUAGACGACGUCAUGUAUGUUUUUGGCGGACGAGGGGUCGAUGGCAAAGACUUGGGGGACUUGGCUGCUUUUAAAGUGUCCAAUCAACGCUGGUAUAUGUUUCAAAAUAUGGGUCCAGCUCCAUCAGGUCGAAGUGGGCAUGCCAUGGCCAACGUCGGGGCAAAAGUCUUCGUCCUUGGCGGGGAGAGCUUCACACCUCCAAAACAAGAUAACCCCAAUUGGAUACAUGUAUUGGAUACGAAGCACAUAAAAUACCCCGACAGCUCCAAAGGUCCGCCGCCCCAACAAGACCCUCAAGGCCAGCAACCUGCACCUCAACCUUCGCAACUCGCUCAACUCCAAUCUUCCGGUUCUCCGUCUGGCUUCACAGGUCAAGUCAGGAAACCUUCUAUAAAUGCCAACGCACCCUCUCCACAACCAAAUCAACCCCUUCAGGGACACGGUUUGACAAGUCAGUCAAGCCAAAAUAGCUUGAAUCAGGCUCAAAUGCAGCAAAUACAAGCAACGAGAUCCCUCUCUCCUACUGGCACUAACAACGACUCUAUGGAGGACCUGCGACAGCGUGCUGCAUCGCCUCAGGGACAGAGACCAAUCAAACCGACCAACGGCGUCACUAACCAACCCUUCCCAUUGUCCAGUGGCUCAAUAAGUGGUUCAGUAAGCAAGGGCAAAGCACCAACACGCCCACCUCGUAGGGACGAAUUCCAGGAUGACCUCGAACCAAGUGGACGUCCGAGUAUAGGGGACAGAGCCCCGAACCAACGAGCGAUGACACCAGAUCAAGUUGUUCUCGCCGCUGUGGGUCAGAGAGCGAAGAGUCCCACGCAAUCAGGGAGCCGAGCCGUAUCGCCGACGGGUGGACGCGAAUCACCCAUGCAGAUGCAACCAUUGGUCGCAGUGAAUGGGACUGGGCGGACGUCACCUGCGCAGAUGCAGAACCCAUAUGGAUCAUCCCCGCCACCUACACAGACUGGAUUUCCAACCUUCGCUCAUACGGGUCAUCAACGGAACGUUGGCGGUGGUUCUAUCGACGCGACACAUACAAGGGGCGCAGGUUCUAUUGAUUUAAAGCAAGUCCAGAACCAAUCCCUAGUUUUGAAAGAAAAGGAGUUGGAGCUAGAAAACAUGAGGAAACAAAUUGGAUGGAUGAAGGAAGCAUUAGGGAAAGCAUCUAAAGCUGGAUUCGUCAGUAACAGUGGAGGGGCACGGUCUUUCGAUGAAUCGGACCUUGACAAAUCAGCUAAUGGCGCUGGUGGUGAAGAUGGCGACGUAUUGUUCAAAUUCAAGCAAUUCCGGGCACAGACCCAGAUCACAAUGUCAGCUGCAGCCCUCAAAGCAUCGGAGCAGCUUGCGGAAGCUGAGCGGCAAAAGCUGACAGCUGCACAAGAGGCUGCCUACUAUCGAGCCAAGCUUGCCGCGGUGGAGGGAGCGUUGGCGUCUGGGAAUCAUGAAGAGGUGAUGCGUUUAGAACGGCAGCGUGUCAUGGACCUCGAAAAGGAUCUCUCGAACAUCAUGAACGAAAGAUGGACACAAGACAGGAAGAUGAACGAGCUACUUGAUAGCCUCGCACUGCAGACCGCAUUAUGCGAACAAGCCGACGCACGAGCGAGCGAUGCAAGUCGGAAGGCCGAUGGUAUGGAAGAUCGGUAUGAGAGGCUUGUGAAAAGUUAUAGUGAACUGGAGGGCAAUUUGAGGGAAGCGGAAGGCGAACUUCGAGAGAGUAAGGGGAGGAUGCUACAAGUUGGUGUGGAGAGUGAGAAGAUGAGAGUGGACAUGGAACAAAUGCGGGAAAAAGUCGAAGAGCUUGAGAGAAGUCGAGAACAGCAUGUCCGUGCAUUGGAACAAGCCAAGGUUGCAGUACAAGCCAGCUCAUCGCGGAGUGUUGAAGUGGAUGAUUCUUAUCAGCGGGCCACCGAGAGGAUUAAUAUGCUUGAGGCCGAUCUCGCGGAGAUGAGAGGAGAGAUUGAGGUAAAGAGCGCCGAAGUUGAGGCUACCCGAGCAAGGUUGGUUGACGUGGAGAACUCGUGGGCCAAGAGUCGGGAAGAAGCAGAUGCAUUCAGGGCACUGACAACCGGAGGGUUGGGAGAACUUUUGGACAUGCACAAAGAUCUUAAAGCUGAUGAGGAUAGGAUCGUGAGAGGAUAUCAGGAAAAGAUGACCGCGAUGGAGGGAGAGGUGGAAGUAUUGAGAAAGAUGGUUAAAGAUGCGAAUGCGAGGAUUGAGGAAAGUCAGGGCAAGAUGAUGGAAGAACGACAGAGGGCCAGGGAGAGCGACAAAAUGCACAACAUCUCACAAGCUCAAGCUGUGAUAUUGCGAUCACAGUUGUCUGCUGCACUGAAGGACAGCGGCCUGAAGAAGAAGGAGCUAUUGGAGAAAGAGAAGGAGAUCAACGCCAAGGCUAAAGAACACUCCGAGGUAAAACUUAAACUGGGAAUGUUGAAGAGCUAUGUUGCGGAGAAUGGGUUGAGUGUAGACGACGAUGACAUUGUUUCUGCUUCAAAACGGUCUCCUAACGCCGCCUCGACGGCUGUCAUCGCUGAGUUGGAGAACAAGCUCUCUGAAAGUUCCCGCUUACACGACAACGCGGAACGCGAGUUGACUCAAGCUCGUCGACACAACCGUGAAAUUGAGGAACAUGUCACCCUUCUCAAUUCUCAAUUAGAACGGGCACGGUCACAAGCUAGCUCUUCGAGUUCUAACGGGAAUGGAAAUGAUAGGGCUGACUCCGACGCUCGUGUCGAGGAAGCAGAAGCCAAGAUACAGGAAUUGGAAACCUACUACAAGGGUAAGAUGCAACAGAUGGAGGAAGACUAUCAACUAGCUGUUCAUUAUGUGAAGGGCACUGAAAAGAUGAUGCGGAAAAUGCGAGACGAACUUACCAAACAGAAAAGCAUCAAUGUCCAACUCCAAGCUGAAGUGUCUUCUGCUGAUGGUUCUCGUAGUGGCAGUCGGUCCGGCUCUCGUGGCAUUAAUGGCCGUGGAACCCCCUCAUCUGAGGAUGGGGAAGCCCUCACGCAGCUCCGAACGCAGCUCGCCGAUUCGCAACGUGCCCUCCAACGCGCCCAAACGGAAAAUAAAGAACUUCACGUCCGAUUGGACUCUCUGGAACGUGAAUUGGAAGCUCUCCGCGACUCUUUGGUAGCCUCACAACGAGAGUCGGAUGAUCGGUUGAGUCAAGUAGAGGAGUUGCAACACGAGGUGAAUAGGCUGCAGCAGAGUCUGGUGAUAACGAGAGGAGGGAGCGAGGAGACUGUGCUGGAGAAGCUGAGCAGUGAAAACGCAAUGCUGAGAAGGGAGAAUGAGCAGUUAAGUCAUAAAAUUGGUUUGCUGCUUGAAGUGGACCAGCCGGGAUUUGGUAGCGGAAGACCGAUAUCAGGGAUUUCGAUGGACGGAGCUCGGAGAGCUAGCACAUCGAGCUCAGAGAAUGCAUUAGCUUUCGAACAUCUGAGCAGCGAGCUUGACGAUUGGCAGCGACAGCUGGCUAGUUCAAUGAGUCAGAGACUGAGUGACUUUGAUGCCGGUACCGCGUCUGGAAGCUUCGCGGGUAGGGCAAGGUCACCUCCCGCUGGAAGUUCAAGCCUUGGAAAUAUGAGUGGAAUCGCACACAGGGCCAUAUCUCCACCGACAGGCCGGAGGUCAUGA